GGCUUUGCUAGAAAAAUGAAGUGGUUGUCCUUGGUUUUUGUUUUUGGUUUGUUGGCUAUGGCAAAGGCUUCUCCUCUUAAGCCAGGAGACGUUGUUAUCAAUGGGGAUUGCCGAAGCUGUAAUGUUCAUGGAGGCUAAGCUAAGGCCAAAAAUAAUUUUGUUUUCCGUAACAAAAAUGGGAAGAAAAUAAAGAAACAGCAAAAAUAUUAAA